UACAGGUUACACUCAGUUCUAAUCCUACGAAACACAAUGAGGAAUCUCAUAUUACUGCUCAUGGUCGUCUGUGUGGCUCAUACAGCAAGACACUCUCUAAAGAAUUUCUAUACCGUUUCCACUGGAGUAUCAAACUUUCCAGAGUUUGUGUUCUUAGGAGUGAUCGAUGAUACUGAGUUUUGUUACUGCAACAUCAGUAAAACGAUUGUUGAAGGAAAAAGCGACUGGUUUAAAGAAUGGCUUCAAAAUCAAGAUAACUUCAAGAGCUUCCAAGAGAUGUGUUUUGGACAAGGUGCAAAAGACACCAAAAUUGCCCUCAGUGAUUUUAUGCUUGACCUCAACCUACAUGAAGGUGUUCACAUCCUACAGUCUUUCAGUGGCUGUGAGAUAGAUUACUAUAAAAAUCAGUCUUCUAGUUUCACGCGGGUUGGAUUUGAUGGAGAAGACUUUCUGACACUGGACAUGAAUAGCUUGGCAUGGAUUCCUCAAAAUAACCGAGCUGCCUCAAUAAAACACAAAUGGGACCUUAAGACAGAAUGGACAAAAUCAAUUCAUUACUAUUAUACCAUAUAUUGCCCGAUAUUGCUGAGUGAGUUACUAAAGGUUUCCAAGAUGUCACUUCAGAAAACAGUCCUUCCUACAGUGUCUCUCCUCCAGAAGACCCCCUCCUCUCCAGUGAGCUGUCAUGCUACAGGUUUCUACCCAGAGAGCGCUGUGAUGUUCUGGAGGAGGAGUGAGGAGGAGAUUCAUGAAGGUGUAGAACAUAGAGACAUCCUCCCAAACCAUGAUGAAACAUUCCAGAUGGAGACAGUACUGGAUGUCUCAUUAAUUCCUCUGGAAGAUUGGGGGAAAUAUGACUGUGUCUUUCAGCUCUAUGGUGUCAGCAACGACAUCAUCACCCCUCUGGAUAAGACAAUAAUCAAGACCAAUCAAAAGGAGUCCAUUAGUACAGCUGCCCCUAUCGCUGCUUCAUUGGUGUUUGUUGUUCUCAUCAUCAUAGCAGUCAUUAUAUACAUUUAUUUCAGGAAGAAAGAUUCUCACAACAGCACUGAGCUAACAGCGAGUCUGAAUCAAGAAACCUGAUGUAUAACCUGAGUUUUGCCUCAAAAAAAUGUCCAUAUAAAAUGUUAUUAAAGCUAUAGUGGUAAAUAAUAUAUUGGUCAGACUGCAGCGAGAUGAUCAGCUCCCCCACUGCUUCUCCCCUCCAACAAUGCAGAGGCCUUCAUGGUUUAUGGUACAAAAUGCCUAGCCUGCAUCACCAAUUUUGUCGAGCGAUUACAAGGUCUGUUUAAGAUAUAAUUUUAUAAAAAGUAUUUCAUCAAUAUUUGUAGCAUAUAGAUUUUAUACAGCCCUAAUUUGUCACAGUUGAACGUGUGGAUGAUCUGUAGAGUCAGUAUUCACUCUGAGCUGCCGUAGCGCAAAGAUGUGAGACUUGCUCCUAUGUAAUAAUAAAUAGCAAUUUUAAGGUAAACCAAACGAUAAAAUAAAGAGCCUUUCAGUUUGUAGAUGAUGAUAAAUGACAUACAUAUUUAUAAUAUAUAAAAAUUCUGUCAGUAAAUCCCUGAAAUUGUUACACACUGGAGCUCUAAGGCAACACUAUGUGACUUUGACUCAAGUACUGACAUAAUUUAAGAUAGAUUAAAAUAAGAUAAAAUAAGAUCUUGUAUCCAAUAAAAACCUGCUGAUUGUAUUGAGUUAUUGACUUCUGGGCACACUCCUCUUGGAUGAGAUUGGUUGCAUUUUGUUGUUGACUCAACAGCGUCUCACUAAGCAUGCAUGCAGCAACAGUGGAGAAGAAAAACUCCUGUUGAAUGGCAACUCCUUAAAUUAUGUCUUUUGUUAAGAGGAGUGGUUAGGAAAUAUAUACUAUAUAGCCAUUUAGUCAAAAUGCCAUUGUAGCAGAAUCAAUUAAUCUGGGAUCGACUUCAUGGUCUCUUAAUGCUAAGUGCCUGUUGGCUUUUGUGAAAUGGAUAAUGCCAGAAUGCUUAGUCCCUACUGAGUCCAGCCUAGAUUAAUUUCUUAUGCAGAAUUUAUUAAUUCUACUUUUGUGAAACAGUCACCAGGUUUACUUGAGCCAUGUAUGCAUUUCCUGUUUCUUAGUUAUGGUGAGAUGAAGCCUCAUCAGAAAUUGAGCCUUUUGGGCAAAUUGCUCCAACGAUCCCCACAGUUCAUGAAGCUUCAUGUGAACAUGUCACCACCUAUUGGUGGAGUGCAUAACUACAGUUAGUAAUAUAAUCUGUGAUUUUGUUGCAAUUUUUUUUCUUGAUUUUGAAGUUCCAUUGAAAUUGUUAAUUAUUUGUGUAUAUAAUAUAUAUUUUGUAAGGUUUGUAAAUCUUACAGAAGUUUGUUAAUCAUUAAAUUUUUGUUAAUCAUUAAAUUGUUAAUGAUUAGGUUUGUUAAUCAUUAAAUUGUUAAUGAUUUGUGUGUAUAGUAUAUAUUUUGUAAGGUUGUGUGUAAAUGUUUUAGAAGAGAACAAUAUUUCAAGGCACUUUGUUUUUCUGUAAUUUUAGUGAAAUAAGCUCGAGUGAAAGUGUUUGUGAAAGUGUGCAAAUUGGGCAAUGAUGAACAAAAUGAAAGGUGUUAGUCAUUUUUAUUAAAGAUAACAGU